UUCCCUGCGAGUGUGUAGAGAGAGUCAGAAAGAGGCUUUGUGGACGCUAUCGUGUGGGAAAAGAGCUUUUAUUUUGUCGUUUCUGCUGGAAAACAACCAUAUUUUUGCGUCUGUGGGAAUUUAUCUCGCCAAUCAAGUCAUGGAAAAGCGUUAGAAUUAAAUCCGACGUUGCAGAAGACCUACUUUCAAGUAUUGGAUAUCUUUUUUUGGACCAAAAUCAUUCUCUUUUAAGCUUUUUCUGAUCCCCACAUCUUCUUGGCACCAGUUCGUCUUCCCUUUGUUGGUUUUGCCGGUCGUUUUCAAAGCUCCCGGGGUCAUGUAAGCAGUUACUUCAACCGUUGGAUCCUUCUUUCACCUGCUGUCGUUGAGUUGAAGAAAAAUCCCAACACAGUUCUUUGAGCCUCGCAGGUUUCAGGAAGUUUCAGCCAUGUUACGAUGCAUUAUUCAACGAGCCAACAACCUGAAACACUCUCAUCCUCUGGCUAGUGUCUCCUUCAGAGGGUCUAAGAAGAAGACAAAGGUCGUCAAGAACAACCCUAACCCCGUUUGGAACGAGGGUUUUGAAUGGGAUCUGAAGGGGAUUCCUCUGGACUCUGGAGCGGAGCUGCACUGUGUCGUCAAAGAUCAUGAGAAGAUGGGGAGAAACAGGUUUCUGGGGGAGACUCACCUGGCUCUCAGAGACGUUCUUAACUCUCCAAACUUCGCCGCCACCUUCACCGUCUCCCUGCUGGACACCAAGAGGAACAACACGGGGGCGACGUUGACCCUGCAGGUUUCGUACCUCCCUCCUCCAGGAGCGUCUCCUUUAUAUCAUCCGCCCCCCCACCCUGAGCAUCUGCCGCACAGCAACCCCGGGGUGGAGAUGGACACCGUCACAAUGAUUUCUCUGGACACUUUGGGGGAUGAGGACACGGAGAGCAUGAUAAUGGUGGAUCCUCCGGAGGACCAAGGAGGAGACGACGGGCGCUCCAUGGUCAUCGUGGGUCCUCAGGGGUCGGGCCGCGAGUCGCCCGCCGCUCAGACCCCGAAACGCUCCCCGCCGUCUUAUAACACCCAGGGCGGUCUGAGGAAGAGGAGGAGGGGGAACAGCAGCCACAACAAACCCCUGCCCAACAAACCCCAGGAUCUGCAGGUCCGUGUGCGCAUCAUCGAGGGACGACAGCUGCCGGGCAUCCACAUCAAACCUGUUGUUAAGGUUACUGUUGCCGGGCAGAACAAGAGGACUCGCAUCAGAAAGGGAAACAACCCGGUCUUUGACGAGACAUUCUUCAUGAACUUCUACGAGACUCCUUCAGAUCUGUUUGACGAGCCGAUCUUCAUCACUGUGUGUGACUCUCGCUCUCUCAGAACUGAUGCUGUGAUCGGAGAAUUCAAGUUGGAUGUGGGCACCGUCUACAAUGAACACAGACACUGCUUCUUGAGGAAGUGGCUGCUGCUGUGUGACCCUGAUGACCUCUCUGCCGGGGUCAAAGGUUACCUGAAGGUCAGCCUGCUGGUUCUGGCAGCUGGAGAUGAGCCACCGGCUGAUAAACGCGAGUGUGUGGAGGAUAAAGAGGAUAUCGAGGGGAACCUGCUGAGGCCUGCUGGUCUUUCUCUGAGAGGAGCCACCUUCUCCCUGAGGAUCUUCAGAGCUGAAGACCUGCCGCAAAUGGACGAUGCGUUCAUGGACGGGAUGAGGCAGAUCCUCGGGUUUGACAGCAACAGGAAGAACCUGGUGGAUCCUCUGGUGGAGAUUCACUUCGCUGGGAAAACUGUGUGCACUAAGAUCAUGGAGAAGAACGCCAACCCACAGUGGAACCAGAGUCUGUCCAUGCCCAUAAGAUUUCCCUCCAUGUGUGAGAAGAUGAGGAUCAGAAUUCUGGACUGGGACAGAGCCAGUCACAAUGAUGUCAUCGGCACCACCCACCUCUGCAUGUCUCAGAUCUCCGCCCCCGGGGGAGAGAUAGACGUGGACGACAGUCUCGGUUUUCUGCCGACGUUCGGUCCGUGUUUCGUGAAUCUGUACGGCAGCCCGAGAGAAUUCACCGCCUUCAACGACCCACACGAGGCGCUCAACCUCGGAAAAGGGGAGGGCGUAGCGUACCGAGGUCGAGUUUUAGUGGAGCUAACGACAAAACUGGCGGACAAACCGGAGCAGAAAACUGAAGACAUCCCGUCAGACGACCAGCUGGUGGUGGAGAAAUUCCUGAGGAAGAGGAAGUUCUCUCUCUUCGUGGCGUUUUACUCGGCCACGCUGCUGCAGGACGUCGACGACGCCAUCCAGUUUGAGGUCAGCAUCGGAAACUACGGGAAUAAAUUCGACUACACCUGUCUCCCUUUGGCAUCCACAACACAGUUCAGCCGCGCCGUGUUCGACGGGUGCCACUACUACUACCUGCCGUGGGGGAACAUAAAGCCGGUGGUGGUUCUCUCCUCAGAGUGGGAAGAUAUCAGACCGAGGAUCGAGGCGCUCAACAUGCUGCUGGCAGCCAUCGAGAGACUGGAGGAGCACCUGCAGAAGGUGCAGUUGGAGGUGAAGGCAGGAGGGGAUCUGGAGGAUCUGGAGCUCCGGGUGGUGGAGAUGUUGGAUCAGGUCAUCACAGACUGCAGUGAGGACCUCCCCUCCCUGGAUGAGUGGCAGUGUGCGACUCCUCUGGACCGCUCGCUCAGACACAUCCGCUCUCUGACCCUGCAGCAGAUCCUCUCGUCGGCCGAGGCUCUGAAGCACGGCCCGGCCACCGACCUGACCGCCGUGCUGGAGCAGGCCGAGGACUGGGCCGCACGCAUGAGGAGCAUCGCACAGGAGCCUCAGAACAGUCUCCCGGACAUCGUGAUCUGGAUGCUGCAGGGCGACCGCAGGGUGGCGUUUCAUCGAAUCCCCGCGCACACCGUGCUCUUCUCCAAGGACAACUGUGGGAAACACUGCGGACAGAUGCAGACCGUCUUCCUCAAGAGUCCUCAGGCCAGCGGAGCAGAGGCUAAACUCCCCGGUCAGCUGAGAGUGAAAGUGUGGUUUGGAUUGGCUGCCGACGUCAAACACUUCAACCAAUACGCUGAGGGGAAACUGUCCGUGUUCGCUGAGACCUAUGAGAACCAGACGCGCCUCGCCCUGGUGGGCAGUUGGGGAACUACAGGUCUGACGUACCCAAAGUUCAGUGACGUCACGGGGAGAGUGAAGCUGCCCAAAGACAGUUUCAAACCCUCGCCGGGCUGGAGCUGGGCCGGAGACUGGUUCAUCUGCCCCGAGAAGACCAUGCUGUUUGACGUGGACGCCGGUCACAUGACCUUCUCAGAGGAAGUGUUUGAAAACCAGAUGAGGCUCCCGGGCGGACAGUGGAUCGGCAUGACGGAGGGAUACACUGACGUGAAUGGAGAAAAGGCGGUGCCGAAGGACGAGGUGGAAUGUCCUCCUGGUUGGGUUUGGGAGGAGGUGGAGUGGAGCGAAGAUCUCAACCGAGCUGUGGACGAUCAAGGGUGGGAGUACGGCCUCACCAUCCCUCCGGACCGCCGUCCUAAAUCCUGGGUCCCAGCAGAGAAGAUGUAUCACACCAACCGGAGAAGACGCUGGAUCCGCAUGAGACGCAGAGACCAGCAGAAGAUGGAGGCGCUCAGGAAGCGUGGUCCUGAUGAAGCAGAGAGGGAGGGCUGGGAGCAUGCCUCUCUUUUCGGGUGGAGGUUCCACCUGAAGCCGAGGAAGACGGACAGUUUUCGGAGGAGAAGGUGGAGAAACCGCAUGGAGCCGCUGGAGAAGACUGGACCCGCCGCCAUCUUUGCUCUGGAGUGUUCUCUGAGCAGUAUAGAGGACAGGAAUGAAGACAAGUCCGUCACAACAACGUUCGGCGUCAACAGACCGACCAUUUCCUGUUUCUUUGACCGCGGCACCCGCUACCACCUGCGUUGCUACCUGUACCAAGCCAGAGAUCUGCUGGCCAUGGACAAAGACAGCUUCUCAGACCCGUACGCCAUCGUCUCGUUCCUCCAUCAGUCUCAGAAAACGGUGACGGUGAGAAACACCCUGAACCCCACCUGGGAUCAGACGCUCAUCUUCUACGAGGUGGAGAUAUUCGGAGACCCUGAGGGCACCAUGUCGUCUCCGCCCAACGUGGUGGUGGAGCUCUACGACCAGGACACAUACGGUGCAGAUGAGUUCAUGGGCCGAUGUGUGUGUCCUCCCUCUCUCUCCUCCUCUCCUCGUCUCACCUGGUUUCCGAUCACUCGAGGAGAAAAGAGCGCCGGAGAGCUGCUGGCCGCCUUCCAGCUCAUACGCAGAGAAAAGCCAGCAGUUCAUCAUAUUCCCGGGGUAGAGGGAGACUUCAUGACGUCCAACCACGUUCUAGACGAGUUGAUGUUUCCAGGAUUCCUCUCUGAACACCUGCAGCAAGCGGAAGACGAGUCGGACCUUCCUCACCCUCCUCAUCAAAGAGAGCCCAACGUCUUCGUGGUUCCUCAGGGAAUCAAACCGGUUCUGCAGAGAACCGCCAUCGAGAUCUUAGCGUGGGGGGUGCGUAACCUGAAGAGCUUCCAGCUGGCCAGCAUCUCCUCUCCCAGCCUGCAGGUGGAGUGUGGAGGCAUCUCCGUGCAGAGCUGCGUCAUCCGGAGCAUGAAGAAGAAACCAAACUUCGACCUGAACACACUCAUCCUGGACGUGAGGCUUCCCUGUGAGGAGCUCUACAUGCCGCCCAUCGUUAUCAAAGUGAUCGAUAACCGUCAGUUUGGGAGGAAGCCGGUGGUCGGGCAGUGCACCAUCCGCUCUCUGGAGGACUAUCGCUGCAGCCUGGAGGAGGAAGAGGAGGAGGAAGAGGAGGAGGAAGAGGAGGGGUGGAGACGUCAAACGCCACAGUUUUCUGGGGAUGUUUUCAUUGACAUCGAUGACCAGGAGCCACUCGUACCUGAACAGGCGGAGGAGUUCAUGGACUGGUGGAGUAAAUUCUACGCUUCGACCGGAGAGAAGAACAAGUACGGGACGUAUCUGGAGAAAGGCUUCGACACACUGAAGGUGUACGACAGGGAGUUGGAGAAGGUGGAGAGUUUUGGGGGUCUGUCAGAUUUCUGUCAAACGUUUAAACUUCAGAGAGGAAAGACUCAGGACGAAGGAGAAGACCCUUCAGUGGUGGGAGAGUUCAAGGGUAUGUUUAAGAUCUACCCGCUGCCAGACGACCCCUCGACCCCUCCGCCCCCCCGACAGUUCCGGAAACUUCCUCCCAACGGCAACGAGGAGUGCGUGGUGCGAGUCUACGUCAUCCAGGCUCAAGGGCUGCAGCCCAAAGACACCAACGGGAAGUGUGACCCCUACGUGAAGAUCACUCUGGGCAAAAAGACCAUCAACGACCACGAGAACUACAUCCCCUGCACGCUGGACCCUGUUUUUGGGAAGAUGUUCGAGAUCACCUGCUCCCUCCCUCUGGAUAAAGACCUGAAAGUGAUGCUGUACGACCACGACAUGCUGAGCAAAGACGAGAAGAUCGGAGAGACGCUGAUCGACCUGGAGAACCGCUUCCUGUCCAGACACGGAGCCGCGUGUGGUCUGCCACAGUCCUACAGCCUGUCAGGGGUGAACCAGUGGAGGCACCAGCUGACCCCCAGGCAGCUGCUGCUCAGAGUGUGUGAGCGCAGGAACCUGAAGAGGCCGAUCUACCAGGAGGACGUGGUGGUCUUCAGAGGAUUCAGAUACUCCGCUGCAGACCUGGAGGACAAGAACGUGUCCAAGCGUCACCUCGGUCCUCUGAAGGAGCGUCUGUCUCUCCACAUCCUGAGGAAGCUGGGACUGGUUCCUGAACACGUGGAGAGCCGAGCGCUAUACAGCCCUCUGCAGCCAGAGAUAGAGCAGGGCCGUCUGAUGAUGUGGGUCGAUCUGUUCCCAAAAUCCAUGGGACCCCCUGGAGCUCCGUUCAACAUCACACCACGCAAAGCCAAGAAGUUUUUCCUGCGCUGCAUCAUCUGGAACACCAGCGACGUUAUCCUGGAUGAUAUCAGCCUCACCGGGGAGAAGAUGAGCGACAUCUACGUUAAAAGCUGGAUGGACGGUCACGAACACAACAAACAGAAAACAGACGUCCACUAUCGCUCUCUUGGAGGAGAGGGAAACUUCAACUUCAGAUUCCUGUUCCCUUUCCACUUCCUGCCGGCAGAGCAGCUGUGUGUGAUCGACAGGAAGGAACAUUUCUGGAGUCUGGAUAAAGCCGAGACUAAAGUGGCUCCGAAACUCACCGUCCAGAUCUGGGACAACGACAAGUUCUCCUUCGACGACUACCUCGGUCACCUGGUGUUGGACCUGAACCACAUGCUGCGUCCGGCCAAAUCUCCGGAGAAAUGUGACCUUCAGCUUCUUCAGCAGGCGGGGGGGAAGCUGGUGUCUCUGUUCGAGCAGAAGACUGCGAGAGGGUGGUGGCCCUGCAGCUGUGUGAUGAACGGAGAGAGGAGCGUCGCUGGGAAGGUGGAGAUGUCUCUGGAGAUCGUGACGGAGCAGGAACACGAGGAGAGACCAGCGGGGGUCGGGAGGGACGAACCCAACAUGAACCCCCACCUGGAGGAGCCUCAGCGUCCGGACACCUCCUUCCUGUGGUUCUCCUCCCCCUUCAAGACGCUGAAGUUCAUCCUGUGGAGGCGCUGGAAGUGGUUCAUCAUCCUCUUCAUCAUCUUCUUCUUCGUCUUCCUCUUCCUCGGAGUCUUCCUCUACUCCUUCCCGAACUACGCUGCCAUGAAGAUGGUCGGACCUUUCGGACCGGCAAAGCCCUCAGAGUGAUGAAGAUGAUGAUGAAGGAGAGACGAGGAAGAGAGUGGAGUUUGAUGCUGAAUUCAACAGAUUUUCAUUUUCAUUUUAAUCCUUUUAAAAAGAGUCCUGACAUCUUGCUGAAGUUGAUGAACUCGUGCGUGUGUGUGUGUGUGUGUGUGUGUGUGUGUGUGUGUGUGUGUGUGUGUGUGUGUGUGUGU